AUGAUGGAGGUCAAGACAGCAGAGUUGCACAUCGCUACUGAUCCGCACCGAUAUGAGGAAGGCGAGCCGCAAAUGAUGACUGAAAAGGGCGCUACGACCGAGGAUACACGCGACAUGCUUCGGAUGGGCAAGACGCAGGAGACACGCCGUAAUUUUCGAUCCGCCACUAUACUCGGUUUCUGUUUGGUUAUAUUGUCGAUGUGGGAGACGAUGUUGGCUACAUCGGUCUUCGCUCUCUCCAAUGGUGGCACCGCCGGAUUGAUUUGGGGAUACUUUAUUGUCAUGGCAGGGUUCGGAUUCGUUGUAGCGUCACUGGCUGAGAUGGCCUCUAUGGCUCCGACAGCAGGUGGACAAUACCAUUGGGUUAGUGAGUUCGCACCAUCAAGCUGUCAGAAGUUCCUCAGCUACAUUGUUGGCUGGCUGGGAGUCUUGGGAUGGCAAACCGCCGCUGCGACUGUUUCGUACCUGUCAGGAAAACAAAUCCAGGGGCUCAUCAAGCUGAACAAUCCUGACUACGAACUCAAAGCCUGGCAUGGAACAAUGUUGAUCUGGUCUGUCCUUGUGAUCUGCUUGAUCUUCAACACAUUCUUUUCCAGACUACUACCGCUGGUGGAGGGCGUCAUCGUUGUCCUUCACGUUGCAGGCUUCUUCGCGGUCAUAAUACCGCUCUGGGUCAUGAGCGACAGAAGCCAUGCCUCGGGUGUCUUCACUUCCUUCGAGGAUAAUAUGAUGUGGGGCAAUCUUCCGCUGGCGGUCAUCAUAGGCCUUACUGGAGCAUCCAGCACCUUUGUGGGAAUCGAAGCAGGAGCACACAUGGCCGAAGAAGUACGCAAUGCCGCACAUGUCAUUCCACGUGCCAUGAUGUGGACAUGGCUGGGCAACGGAUUGCUUGGAUGGAUCAUGGCCAUAACGUUUUGCUACUGUGUAGGCGAUACUUUGUCGGUCCUUUCGACCCCACUGGGCACUCCGUUCAUCCAGGUGUUCCUGAAUGUAACAGGUUCAGUCGGUGGUGCUACCGGUCUGACGGUGUUGAUGCUUGUCAUUGCGAUUUUUGCCUGUGUUGCGGUCAUGGCGACAAGUUCGCGCCAAUUAUUCGCAUUCGCUCGCGAUAAUGGCGUGCCUUUCUCCAAAGCCUUCAGCAAGGUCUCUCCAACGCUGGAGGUACCAGUUAAUAGCGUGUAUGUGACGCUGCUGUUUGUCGGGGCUAUCUCCUUCAUCAAUAUCGGAUCGAGCGUCGCCUUCAUGCAGGUCAUUUCCCUCGGUGUCGCGUCGAUGUUGACGUCGUAUCUCAUUACCAUUUCUUGUGUCAUGCUGAAGAGAAUCCGCGGAGAGCCACUCCUGCCGUCAAAGUUCGAUCUGGGGAGGAUGGGACUACUCAUAAAUAUUGCAGCAGUAGUAUUUCUGCUGUUUCUCUGGAUAUUUACUUUCUUCCCUGUUGGCCCGAAACCUACAGUGGUUGACAUGAACUGGGCGUCAUUUGGGUAUGGCUGCGUCAUCAUCUUUGCUGUGGUAUACUACGUUGUUCGUGGGCGCCACAUAUAUGUCGGCCCUGUAAGAUACGUCAAAAAGGAGUAG